AGUUCGUCACUGUUUGGUGUUGGAGUUCAGGCGCCUCGAGUUGUUUUCGGUUUAAUUUCUGGUGCGGUUAGAAUUUUGUUUAGGUUCAAAUCAGACUCGAAGCAGAAGCAGUGAUCAAAGAUAUCAGCAUUGAUAAACAUAUCACUGAAGAUCUUGAUCAUAUUCAUCGCCGCAUCGGAGUCCGUUUAGUCAGCGCAACUUGUGUCGAGAUGAGUGUGGAAGCGUACGGGCCGAGUUCUCAAACGCUCACCUUCCUGGACACCGAAGAAGCGGAGCUACUUGGAGCAGAUACCCAGGGAUCGGAGUACGAGUUUACCGAUUUUACCCUACCUAGCCAGACACAAACUCAAGGCCACACCCAGAGUCAGCUGGACAAUCAGGUGAAUGGUCCUAAUGAAGGGCUUCACAAUGGAGGGGUUGAUGAUGUUGCCAAGGCGAGCCAAAUUCUCUCUGAGUUGAACUUUGAGGAGGAUGAAGAGGACACCUAUUACACUAAAGACCUCCCACUGCAUGCCUGCAGUUACUGUGGCAUCCAUGAUCCUGCGUGUGUGGUGUACUGCAACACAAGCAAGAAGUGGUUCUGCAAUGGACGUGGCAAUACAUCUGGCAGCCACAUCGUAAACCACUUGGUGAGAGCCAAAUGCAAAGAGGUGACUCUGCACAAAGACGGGCCGCUGGGCGAGACGGUGCUGGAGUGCUACAACUGUGGCUGUCGCAACGUCUUCCUCCUGGGCUUCAUACCUGCCAAGGCCGACUCUGUGGUGGUGCUGCUGUGCAGGCAGCCAUGUGCCAGUCAGAGCAGCCUGAAAGACAUAAACUGGGACAGCUCCCAGUGGCAGCCGCUGAUCCAGGACCGUUGCUUCCUGUCCUGGCUGGUAAAGAUCCCCUCGGAGCAGGAGCAACUCCGGGCCCGCCAGAUAACCGCCCAACAGAUCAACAAGCUAGAGGAGCUCUGGAAGGACAAUCCAACAGCCACUCUGGAGGAUCUGGAGAAGCCCGGUGUAGACGAGGAGCCUCAACAUGUGCUGCUGCGCUAUGAGGAUGCCUAUCAGUACCAGAACAUCUUUGGCCCCCUUGUCAAACUGGAGGCCGACUACGACAAAAAGCUUAAAGAGUCCCAGACCCAAGAUGAUAUAACGGUCAGGUGGGACCUGGGGCUGAAUAAAAAGCGGAUUGCCUAUUUCUCCUUGCCCAAGACGGAUUCAGGUGACAUGCGGCUGAUGCAGGGAGAUGAGAUUUGUCUGCGCUACAAAGGAGACCUGGCCCCACUUUGGAAAGGCAUCGGCCAUGUCAUCAAAGUCCCAGACACACCCUUUGUGAAAGACUAUGGAGAUGAGAUUGCUAUAGAAUUGCGCAGCAGUGUCGGAGCACCUGUGGAAACAACCCACGACUACCAGGUGGAUUUCGUGUGGAAGUCCACUUCCUUUGACAGAAUGCAGAGUGCCCUGAAGACCUUUGCUGUGGACGAGACGUCCGUGUCAGGCUACAUCUACCACAAACUGCUGGGCCACGAAGUGGAGGAUGUCAUCAUCAAGUGUCAGCUGCCCAAACGCUUCACUGCCCAGGGCCUGCCCGAUCUCAACCACUCUCAGGUGUAUGCUGUGAAGACUGUGCUGCAAAGACCCCUCAGUCUUAUCCAAGGCCCCCCCGGCACUGGGAAAACUGUCACCUCUGCCACCAUAGUGUACCAGCUCGCCAGGCAGGGCAACGGACCCGUGCUGGUGUGUGCUCCCAGUAACAUCGCGGUGGACCAGCUGACUGAGAAGAUCCACAUGUCAGGUCUGAAGGUGGUCCGGCUGUGUGCUAAGAGCAGAGAGGCCAUCGACUCCCCCGUCUCAUUCCUGGCGCUGCACAACCAGAUCCGCAACAUGGACAGUAUGCCAGAGCUGCAGAAGCUGCAGCAGCUGAAGGAUGAGACCGGGGAGCUGUCGUCUGCUGAUGAGAAGCGUUACCGGGCCCUGAAGCGCACCGCUGAGCGAGAGCUGCUCACGAAUGCGGAUGUGAUCUGCUGUACCUGUGUGGGGGCAGGAGAUCCACGUCUGGCCAAGAUGCAGUUCCGCUCCAUCUUGAUUGAUGAGAGCACCCAGGCCACCGAGCCAGAGUGCAUGGUGCCUGUGGUCCUGGGUGCCAAGCAGCUCAUUCUGGUGGGAGACCACUGCCAGCUGGGCCCAGUAGUGAUGUGUAAGAAGGCAGCCAAAGCAGGCCUGUCCCAGUCUCUAUUUGAGCGUUUGGUGGUGCUGGGCAUCAGGCCCAUUCGUCUGCAGGUGCAGUACCGUAUGCACCCGGCCCUCAGCUCUUUCCCCUCCAACAUCUUCUAUGAGGGCUCCCUGCAGAAUGGAGUCACCGCUGCUGACCGCAUCAAGAAAGGCUUUGACUUCCAGUGGCCGCAGCCAGACAAGCCCAUGUUCUUCUAUGUAACUCAAGGCCAGGAGGAAAUAGCCAGCUCUGGAACGUCCUACCUGAACAGAACUGAGGCGGCCAACGUGGAGAAGAUCACAACCAGGCUGCUGAAGGCUGGGGCCAAGCCUGACCAGAUAGGCAUCAUCACCCCCUACGAGGGCCAGAGGUCCUACCUGGUGCAGUACAUGCAGUUCAGUGGUUCCCUCCAUACAAAACUCUACCAGGAGGUUGAGAUCGCCAGCGUGGACGCGUUCCAGGGCAGGGAGAAGGACUUUAUCAUCCUGUCGUGCGUACGAGCCAACGAGCACCAGGGCAUCGGCUUCCUCAAUGACCCGCGCCGUCUCAACGUGGCCCUCACCAGAGCCAAGUAUGGGGUGAUCAUUGUGGGCAACCCAAAGGCCCUGUCCAAGCAGCCUCUGUGGAACCACCUUCUCAACUACUACAAGGAGCAGAAGGUUCUGGUGGAGGGACCCCUCAACAACCUGAGAGAGAGCCUGAUGCAGUUCAGCAGGCCCCGCAAGCUGGUCAAUGCCAUCAACCCUGGAGCCCGGUUCAUGAGCACUGCCAUGUAUGAUGCCCGUGAGGCCCUCAUCCCUGGGUCUGCCUACGAUCGCAGCAGCGCAGGGCGUCCAUCCAACAUGUAUUUCCAAACCCACGAUCAGAUCGGCAUGAUUGGGACCGGGCCAGCCCACAUGGCGGCCAUGAACAUGCCUAUUCCCUUCAACUUAGUGGUGCCCCCCAUGCCUCCGCCAGGCUACCUGGCCCAGGCCAACGGCCCUGCUGCAGGUCGUGGUGGGGUGCUGAAAGGCAAAGCGGGGCGUGGCGGGCGCCAGAGGACCCGCGGUAUGGGGAACCACGGUAGCAGCGGGCAGGCCAACGGGCACAACAGCCAGGCUAGCCAGGACGUAUCUUCCCAGCCCUUCUCCCAGGGGCCACUCACCCAGGGCUACAUCACCAUGAGUCAGCCCUCCCAGAUGAGCCAGCCUGGCCUCUCCCAGCCUGAACUUUCCCAGGACAGUUAUUUAGGUGACGAGUUCAAGUCCCAGAUCGACGUGGCUCUGUCGCAGGAUUCGACUUACCAGGGUGAACGUGCAUACCAACAUGGUGGAGUGACUGGACUGUCACAGUACUAGAGUGUUGUUGGAAGAGGAGCUAGGCUUGAGCUGAGCUUAGUUCAUCAGCAUUUUAAUCUGGGUAAUAAUAAAAACAAAAAAUGGAUACCUGUUUUCCUCUACAACUGAAGCACCACCGUGUGAAAUCAACGGGAGAGAGAAAACAACCAAUCGCGAGAGAGAAAGUGGUAGAAAAAAUGGACGGCCAGGAAGAGGGAACGUGUGGGAGUGAGGGACCACUGCCGGCACAUGGGAACGAAAGCGAGAGGAAGACGGUGGCCAGCGGUCGAGCUGUCGUGAGGAAGACGAAACGAGGAACUCCCUCCCUCUACAACCCUUUUCCCACCUCCCAUUCUAACCUCACACCUCUGUCUGAGAGAAUGACCAGUUAUCCAGAGGACCUUGCUCUUUGAUCAGCUAACAGAGAAAGAAAGACAAGUUCUCAAGCAACUUGGCUGGGGGAGCACUUUCCACUAACUCUCGAAGCGGAUAACAAGAAAGUAGAGGGGGGAGGGUGUGGAACACUUCAAGCAGGCAACAUAGGAAAUCGUCACCUCAAUGUUGAUCACUUGCGGUGUUGAUCUCAACUCUCAGACCUGAAAUCUCAUCAAAUGACCGCAAGAGGAACCGUCUCCAAGAGGAACCGUCUCCAAGAGGAACAGUGGCAGUUCACAUCGUCGUUCAACUUUGAGUUGAAAAGUUUUCUCCACUAAAGUCUGAUAAUAAAGAACUUUGAAUUGAAAUGCCUUUGAUGGCCUUCGGAACCAUUUGGCUUUUUCAACAGGUCUUUUCAGAAACAGGUGGUUAACUAGAAGUCUGGUGGAGUUGAGUGGCACGGGGAUAUCAGAGGAAUGUUUCUGAAGUGGUGAGCUCUGGAUCCAAGAGAUCUUUAAUCAUGAGACUAUUUGUUUUUGAAGUACCUUAUUGCAGAGCGCAAAAUAUUUAAUAGAAAAAUGACCAGCAUUGAAGAAUAUUGACUCAAUAUUAUUUGAAGUUGCAGCAAAGGCUUUUUUGAUCUUUUGAAAGGGGGGUUACAUGAGAUGACGCCCGCUGUGCUUGUUCAGCGGAUAAUAUUCUAUGUUUUAAAUGUUUUUAUGUUUAGAUUGGCAGCGGCUUUGAAUGAAUGCUUUUCUUGGGCGAAUUCCUUGUGGAUGUAAGAGCCAUCAGCAUGAACACUGAGCUAUUAAUGGAAACUGAUUUCCACUAUAGUCUACACACUUUUGUGUUACUAUUGAAGUUGCAGGUGGCUAGGUGUGAAAUGCGCUACAUGGACGAAGGUAUGUGGACACACCUUCAAAUGAGUGAAUUCAGGUAUUUCAGAUGUAUACAGUCGAGCACACAGCCAUGAAAUCUCCAUAGACAAACAUUGGCAGUAGAAUGGCCCGUACUGAAGAGCUCUGACUUUCAAAGUGGCGACAUCAUAGGAUGUCACUUUUCCAACAAGUCGGUUGCUGCCCUGCUAGAGCUGCCCGGGUCAACUUCAAGUGCUGGUAUUGUGAAGUGGAAAUGUCUAGGAGCAACAAUGGCUCACCCGCGAUGUGGUAGGCCACACAAGCUCACAGAAUGGGACCGUAGCACGUAAUAAUCGCCUGUCCUCAGUUGCAACACUCACUAUCGAGUUUCAAACUGCCUCUGGAAGCAACGUCAACACAAUAACUGUUCAUCGGGAGCUUCAUGAAAUGGCUUUCCUUGGCCGAGUAGCUACACAAGCCGAAGAUCACCAUGCGCAAUGUUAAGCUUCGGUUGGAGUGGUGUAAAGCUCGCCACCAUUGGACUCUGGAGCAGUGGAAAUGCGUUUUCUGCAGUGAUAAAUCACGCUUCAUCAUCUGGCAGUCGGACGGAUGAAUCUGGGUUUGGUGGAUGCCAGGAGAACACUACCUGCCCGAAUGAAUAGUGCCAACUGUAAAGUUUGGUGAAGGAGGAAUAAUUGUCUGGAGCUAUUUUUCAUGGUUCGUGCUAGGCCCCUUAGUUCCAAUGAACGGAAAUAUUAACACCACAGCAUACAUUGACAUUCUAGACGAUUCUGUGCUUCCAACUUUGUGGCAAAAGUUUUGGAAAAGAUCUUUCCUGUUUCAGCCUGCCAAUGCCCCCGUGCACAAAGUGAGGUCCAUACAGAAAUGGUUUGUCUUUUGGGAUGAAUUAGAACGCCAACUGCGAGCCAGGCCUAGUUGCCCAACCUCACUAAUGCUCUUGUGGCUGAAUGGAAGCAAGUACCCGCAGCAAUGUUCCAACAUCUAGUGCUGUUAUAGCAGCAAAGGGGGGCCGACUCCAUAUUAUUGCCCAUGAUGGGGCGGCAUGGUAGCCUAGUGGUUAGAGCGUUGGACUAGUAACCGAAAGGUUGCAAGUUCGAAUCCCCGAGCUGACACGGUACAAAUCUGUCGUUCUGCCCUUGAACAGGCAGUUAAUCCACUGUUCCUAGGCCGUCAUUGAAAAUAAGAAUUUGUUCUUAACUGACUUGCCUAGUAAAAUUAAAAUUAAAAUGAUUUUGGAAUGAGAUGUUCGAUGUGGAGGUGUCCACAUACUUUUGGUCAUGUAGUGUAACAGUUAAGGAAUAGACUAGGAUGGUGGCUGGAAGAAGGAUAAGGCUUG